ACAUUUGCCUAUGCAGGAGAUCUCAUCCGCCACAAGCGAUCUCAUACCAAGGAACGUCCUUAUCAGUGCCCCUACUGUCCUCAAAAAACAUUCAGAAAAGAUAAUCUUGUAAUGCAUAUAAGUCGUAAGCAUCGGGAUGUUCAUAGACAAUAGAAUGCAGUGUCUCCAGUGGAAGAAGGCAAAGUGCUAUUAUUAUAAAGAACAUACCAUACUAUUGGCUUGGUAUAUGUCUUGUGUCGGUCCCACGUACUACAAUCUACCUAUGCUUAGUACUGUGAUCACCAGCAUUAUCUCGAGAAUAUUAGUCAGAAUGGAGCAAGAUGUCCCCGGAAGCAAUGUCGAAGUUGUUACAAGUCUCUUAGUGUUCAAUUUGGCCGAGAAUAUGCUCGGCGCAAGACUUCUAGAGUGUACACUUUUUGUCGGCUAUGCCCAGGGUCUCCAUCUAUGUGUGUAAAGUGCUUUCAAAACUGCCAUUUGUUAGGGUAGUUGGACAGUUAUGAUUUUACUUUUCUUGCCGAUGGUGCUCGUUUUCAUUUAACUUCCUGACUGAAGAAAAACAGUUUGCCUUUCUACGCUUAAUAAAGAUAAUAAUUCAAGAUAUACUUCACAUUGCAAUAAACUUUUUCAUACAAAUAUCCCAA